UUGCGCUCAAAUACAUUUGAUGUCACCGAAAUCGAACGGCUACGACGUGAGGCUGUUCCUUCAUCCGAUGAAAAUGCUACGGCUGAGGAUGCAGCGCCACAACUUGCAGAGCAACCGGGAAAAAUGGAUGCCGCCGUGAAUACCCCAGUUGUGGUUGAUUUAAACGAUGAUGGAACAGUCACCCAAGCGAUUAAACCAUAUCAGAAGAGACUCUAUAAAUCAUUGGAACGACCAGGGGUAUGUGGAGUGGGCCUAGGACCGGAUCAGGCCGGCACUGUCGCAUUCUGGCGUGGCCUGUGGUCAGAGCUCGUAAGCCACAGCGAGGGCCCUUGGAUGGAAGUUGUGGCGAGCCAUGGUGCGAGUGUUACGCAUAUGAACCCCGUCAUCAUAACGCCUGAAGACUUGGCUGAGGCAGUUCGUAGAGCAACGAACUGGAGUCUGGGACUCGACGGACUGCAUCAAUACUGGCUGAAGAGUUCCUCUCUGGAAUCACUCAAAAAAGAUCUAGCUGACGUUAAGCUUGCAUUGAAGGAGCUGCAAGAAAAAAUAAUUGGGGUUAAAUCUGCAACCUGUGAUACAUAUUCGUCUCCUAUAUCUUGUGAGGACAAGAUUCCCGGAAGGUGGGUAGUUAAGCAUAAAAGUGCACAGAAAUCGCUGUUAGCCAAGAUAAGCUCGCACGCGUCCACACCGGCCGCUCCCCCUCCACCAGAGCCCACAGCGAGGGAAUCGUGCUCACCUACUACGUCGCAAGGCGCAGCGAACAAUAAAUCAGUCCUACAGUCCAGCGGUACAGAUUCUAAACAAUUGUCCAGUCAGCCGAGUUAUGCUAAAGUUGCGGACGGUUCCGACUUGGGUCCUAAAUUUGCGUUUGAUUGCGAUUUAUUAACCGUUUCUGAACACAAUGAUAAUGUAAACAAUUCGCACGUUCUGACACUAAAACCGAUAAAAGAGGUGAACUGGACUACAGUGACGAGUAAUCGUCAAAAGAGACUAGAGAAUAGAAAAGGAAAAGUGCAUCCAAUAUGCGAAUUUAAUUUCAAAGCAGCAGAAAGAACUUUAUCCCUAUAUAUAUCACGAGUACACAGAGAUCGUACUGCGAAAGACAUUGCUGGCUUUAUUAAGUUCAAGACUCAACUGGAAACGGUAGUUACUAAAAUUAAUACGUACGAAAAUAGUUUUAAUGCCUUUAAAAUCACAGUGCUCACAAGGCUGAUUUUUGAAUGA